AUGUGUCCAGCAAGCAGUGAAAUACUUGACACGAAGCAGGACGGAGCGACAAGAGAGAUGAUGCUGAUACAUGGCGGAGGAAGCAACAAAACGUGGCUUUACGACAUUGAUGCGAAUUCGUGGGAGGCCGUUCAAGAGGAAUCAGGACCAAAAGGCAUCAUCUAUCACACACUCGUAACUCUUUGUAGAACGUCGGUUUUACUUUUUGGCGGCGUCUCAUCUCUACCGUCAAAUGACCAAGAUUGCAGCAACGAGACGUGGAUAUUUGAAAUAGAGAAUAGAAAGUGGAGACAAAUCUACACCACCGUUCACUUUCAAAGUAAGAUACAUUACGUCACUCCUCGAUGUAGACACGUAUCUACGGUAGUGCACAUGCACAACAGCUCGUGCGGUUGCAAAGAAUCCACGAUCGUAUAUAGCGGAUUUAAGAGUAGUGGUCAGACGUGGAGUUUAAGAGUGGACAGUAGUUUGAACGAUCUGUGGCUCUUGACAUGCAAAGACGACUCUUCUAACAUUUACGAAUGGAAACUUCUCGAUUCAAGUCCACCGAAACUUAUUUUUCCUGCAAUAAUUUCUGCUUUUGGCAAGACAAUUGGUUACUUUUAUGGACUCAAUUUUACAAGAUUUUCUGGCAAAAUAAACGCGAGAGAAGUGUGGUCAUAUCAGCUGUCAAAUUUCAUGUGGAAGAAACUAUUUAGUUCUACGUAUAGUUUCACCGAUAAAAUGUCCUAUGCUACUCGUACACGGGCAAUCUACUUCUCAAAUUCUGAUAGAUCGAAUCACUAUAUGUAUCUUUGCUGUUCAAAAUAUUCUUAUGCAGUUUUUGAUUUGGUUAAGGAAAAAUGGCUCUCUGUUAAAUUCGAGCAGCUGAAUGCGUUACCGAUAUUGAUAUCUAUAAACCUAGUCGUAACCAAGGUUUAUCAGAUGGCCUUCGAUUGA